AUGGAAACUGUUUCAAAGUGGCCAGGGAGGAAAUUCAAGGCUGAUUUUAGAGAAAUCACAGAGAUGGAAGACGUUCAUUUUCACGUUUUAAACGCUUUAGCGCCAGACAAAACGAUCAUAAGCUUCGAAACAAAUCCAGUGGUUGAAUUAAUGCAACAGUUAAGGGAAGCAGAGCAACACAGUGACAUAUUACUGCUCCUUGAUAACGUCGAUAAAUUUUCAGGAGGAGAUGAUGAAGCUUCCACCUCCCUCAAUGCCAAUUUUGUGACGUUUCUGCAGGGACUUCUAGGUCCAAAGUAUUAUCCGAGGAAAUCAAAAUUGAAGAUUUUGUUGACAUUAAGAUCAACACUUCGUCACGCAAAGUUGGCAAAUAUUGCGAAUCACGAAGUUAUGGCCUUAGAGAAAGCUUCAUCAAGUGUUCUAUUACAAAAUCAGAGAAUUGGCAGCGUUCGAGAGGAUAAAAUGGAGAAACUGCUGCAGAUGUGCCAAGGGAAUCCCCUCAUCAUUAAGGGGAUGGCAGCAAUCUUGAGGCAACAAAUAGCCGAUGACAUCAGGAUUCUGGAAACGAUUGAGCAGCCACCGGCGGUCAAGCCACUAGAGUCGGGAAUAGUAUCAGCAGAGGAGAGACGAGAGAGAGACGUAUUCGACUCUCAAAAGGAAGGCAUUGAUAAAGAGCAAGAAAGCUGUUUAAGAAAAAUGUUUUUCUCCUUGCCGAGUCAACAGUUAAAAGAUUCUGCCAUCUCGAUGUCACUGUUCUGUCGCUCUUUCUCUGUCGAAUCAGCAGCCGAAGUCCUUGGAGUGGACUCUUCAGAGGCUGUUAUACCACUAGAGGGUCUCAGGAAUAGUGAAGUGCUCAUGGUUGACCCUGACGUGAAAGAGCUCACCUAUGACAUCCACCCUUUGGUGCGAAGAUUUCUGAGAAGCAUCGGCAAUAACCAAAAGAUGUUCGUCAAAGUUUACGAGAAGGCAAAAGGCAGGUUUCACAUGUAUUUCAUGUCCAAAAUGGUGGAGAUUUCCAAACUUUUGGACAAAGACUACAUCAAUGCUUUCGAUAACUUUGAUCUUAACAAACCAAACUUUGAACUUGCCUUGGAUAUUUCUUUCAAGUCAGACCAUCUUCUUAUCCCCAAAGAGCACCAUGAGAGUGUUAUGAUCUUCUAUCUCUUCGAGGCCAUGCUUGACGAAAAAGCAAGAAAGAACAUUUUCAAUUGCUGGACCGAAAAGAUCAGGGACGAUGGAAAGGAAGGUAAAGUUUUAUUACAUACGAAAGAAAAGUCUUAG